CCUUCAACACGGAAGUACAGUAAUUUCUACGGGGAUAUUUAAUCAUCCACCUGUUCUUAUUCCUUCUCUUCGCUGCACGCUGCUUGCCUAGAUUCAUUAUCGAGCGUCAUUUUCUUUGACACCUGAAAAACGAUUGGCAACGGGAAUGUUCGCAUCGUGGUUGCUGGCGUUCUGCUUCGGCGCGAUCUCCUUGAAGAAUCGGAUGCAAGUUACAUCCCUGGAGCUGCGGAACCACGCUUUGAGUGUGGUCCUACAGUGGAAGUAUCUGGAUUAUGCCUACGAAAGUGAGGAACAACGCGACACGCUCCUCCGAAACGGCGGUUACAUCGCGAAGAACAAUAUCCCCAUCGAUAUCGACGUGGCGCCUGAUGGUAGAAAAUUUGUGACGGUGGUAAGAGCUAAAGGUGUGCCGUCUUCUUUGAACGUCGUGUCCUCGAAACAUGGCGACGGCGGCCCGCUUCUGGCGCCUUACCCUGAUUGGUCGUGGACCAAAACGGAUUGCUCCGGUAUCAUCAGUGUCUUCAGAGUGCAAAUUAUCGGAAACAUCUUGUAUGUCCUGGACAACGGGAAAAUCGGCACCGACACCGUCUGUCCCCCCAAGCUUUUCAUUUUCAACUUGGCAACUGACAGGUUAAUGAAAUGCAUGACAAUCCCAAAGGAACUGGCGACAAACAGCACGAGCGGACAAGGCUUAUUGAUCACGCCGAUCAUCAAGCCUCAUGGUCAUCCGCUAUAUUUCGAUGCCAUUUUAGCGGACGUGACGGGUUACGCGUUGGUGAUCUACAGCCCACAUACAGGUUGGAAUCGAAUGGUAUCGAGCGCUCUCAAUUACGAUCCAAAGAUGGUCGACUAUACGAUCAAUGGAGAAACUUUCCAGCUCGAGGAUGGUCCUCUAGGGCUGGCUUUAUCCCACAAAACCGGGAUGCUUUAUUUGAGCCCUAUGUCGUCUCGCAAUAUGGUCUCUGUCAACAGUCAUCAGCUCGUCCAUUCGCAUCACACAGUACACUUUUACGAGUACAAAGACAUUCUGCCUACGCAGUCGAGUGCCAAAGCAAUGUCACUGUCGCAGAUUCUCUUCUUCGGGCUCACGAAUAACCAGAUUGCAUGCUGGAACGAAAAUCGACCGAUGACUAAGGAAAAUAUGCCAGUGAUUGCUGAGUCCUCCGAGCUUCUUCAGUUCACCAGCGGAAUGAAAGUAAAACGCAGACGAAUUUCCUGGUCUUGUCACGAAGAGGAGUUGUGGAUAAUGACGAACAGAUACCAAAAAGCAGCGCUUGAUACUUUAGACACGAGCGAAGUUAACUUCCGAGUUUUGAAAGGGAGCGUGAGGGAAUUGACGGCGGGUACUCGUUGCGAUUCGUACCUGUCCUUGUCACCUUCGUGCUGUCAUACAGAUGCCAUGACGGGCAAAAAGAGAAGCUUGGAAACGGAAACCGGAUCGUACGGCCGACAGAGGAAUCAAUGGUCGCCACUUAAGACACCUAAACCGUCGAACGGCUACGUCUACCACAGCCCGACUCACUCUUUCCUCUAUAAUUGGGACGAACCUAAUACUCUGAGGUACAACCACGACUGUCUCCAAAGGAAAUGGCUGAAGCACAAGCAGACAUCCGGCACCGGUAUGGCGAACGUGCUGCCGUGGCUGAUGUCGAUGUGCCUGCUCGGCGCGCAGGAGUUCGCCUCGCCGGCUGGAAGCCACGCGCUUUCACGCGAUCUUGAAACGCCCGGCUCGAGGAGUGUGUCUCCGGGGUUCCGCUCGUCCCUGAGGAACUACAAGACGCUGAUCGCGACGCACGACGAGCUGCCAGGCCACAUAAAUUGCCCGGACCACGGGGACGUUGCCACGACCCUGGAGAGCUCGGUGGACAGGCAGCUACCCACAACCCCGGAGUACAGUAAUUACUUGUACGGCUCGACGCCGCACUCGGGCGCUUACUUCUUUCCAUCCUCGUUCGAGAGGAGCAGGGACCGCUCGAGGCCGAUCGGGAGGAAUCCGAGCGUACUGAAGACCGAUCCUUACUCGGUGAAUCAGCUCGAUACGCACGUGUUCAAUUAUGACCCAGGUCGAGGCCACCUGGAAGACGAUUAUGUCGGCCCCGCCAUGGAACUAGUCUAUGCCUGGUCCACUGUCGAUUAUACGUACGACAGUGUCGAAGCCAGAGAUGCUGCCAUUUACGACGGAGACUUCAUCGCCGAGAAUAAUUUGCCUCUAGGCCUGGACGUCUGGCGAGAGAAAGUGUUCAUUACCCUUCCGAAAUGGAAAAAUGGUAUCCCAGCUACGCUGGCUACCGUGCCUAGACACUCGAAGACGAGGAGCCCGAAGUUGAGACCUUAUCCUGAUUGGAGCUGGCAUCAAACAGGGAGCUGCGACGGUCUGACUUCGGUCUUCAGAGUGCAAGUAGACGAAUGCGAUCGUCUCUGGGUCCUAGACUCCGGGAAGACAGAGGUAUCUUCGGGUGGCAAGGCGACUUGCCCUCCGGCGAUCUUCAUCUUCGAUCUGCUGACGGACAGCCUCAUCAGGAAAUACGUGUUCCCCGACGACCAGGUGAAGCAGGACUCCCUGUACACUAACAUCGUCGUGGACAUCAGGAACGAGGACUGCGGGUCAGCUGUGGCGUACGCGUCCGACGUGUUCCGAUACGGUUUGCUCGUCUACGAUUUCAUGCAGGAUUCGUCGUUCAGAAUCCAGCAUCAUCUGUUCUUCCCUGACCCGUUGGCGUCGAAGUACGACCAUCACGGUAUAAAAUUCCAAUGGACGGACGGGAUCUUCGCGAUAGCGCUGGGCCCGGUCGACACCAACGACGACAGGACCCUGUUCUUCCAUCCUCUGUCCAGCUUCCGCGAGUUCGCGGUGCCCACUUCCGUUCUGAAGGACAAGAGGAGCGCGGAGAACUACACCGACGCGUUCAUGCCCAUCGGCCUGCCGAGGGCGAAGGAUUACGGACACUCCUCGGGCUCUGUCGUCGACAGGAACGGAGUGAUGUUCUUCAACAUGGUCACCAGGGACUCCGUCUGGUGCUGGGACACCAGGAAAGAGUACAUCCCCCAGAACCUCGGAGUGAUCGGCACCAGCAACUUGUCUCUCGUCUUCCCUAACGAUAUCAAGGUCGAUCACGAGUACGAUCAGAGCGUUUGGGUGCUGUCGAACAGCCUGGCUAUGUAUCUGUACGGCAGCAUCGACAACAGCAAGGUCAACUACAGGGUGUUCAAGGCUAACAUCAAAGAAGCUAUCAAAGACACUAUCUGCGACCCCAACUAUAUAGUGCACAGCUUCGGGCAUGGCUACGAUGAUACUUGUUAAGAAUUUCAGGAUGAGAGGGAAGAAGUUUGGUGCUUUUUGUGUGGGAGUCGUUGGAAGCUCGAGUGUACAGACUUAUUGCCAAGCACGAAUUUUGUCAUUUUGGUAUUAACAUUGGAGUUUAGGUAGGAGAUUCUUUCGAAGAGUUUAAAUUUGGCGCCACUGGAGCACGCGACGAAGCAAAAUGGCGCGCAGAAUUAUCGCGAAGAGGAAAUUCUAUUGUACGUGGCUUGGAAAUGAGAGAUUUGAUAUUUUUAGAGAAUGAACGUGAUUUUUAUCAAUGAAAGAUUCGUACGGAGGGAAUGUUCCUUUUAAGCUAAGAAAUGAUCGAACAAAUGACUAUCUCUGUAUAGAUUGCGACGUAUGAUGAAUUGAAGUUCAAAUAUAACGGUCACACGCAUACACAGACAGAAUAACGUAUCGAGAAACGAUGUGCGAGUUAGAUUUAUUAUAUUCAAUCUGUUUCGCGGAUUUACAUGACAUGUUUAUUAACGAAUCCACAAAGUCGCAUGCAAGAUACAAGUGAAAAAUACUCACAAAUCAGUACCUACGUGAAAGAUAACAAAUUUGAUCGUACGAACCUUCUACUAUUUUAAACGCACAAGAACACUUACUCGCUACCUCUUACCCGGGAGAAUUGUACAAUCGAAUGUAAUCGCAAGAAACGCAAUCGGUCUCACGAAAUCAUUAUAAACGAACGGAAAAUAUGUUUCCAACGGGAUGUACUUUAUAUUUCGAAACGAGAAAAUAUACUUUUGUUAAAUAAAAGGAACUGAAAAUUAAGAAACAU